AUGGUGCAAAACCACAUGCCAAUCCCUGUCACUUCUUUUAUCUUCCUUCGAUUCGCCUUUUCAAAGCUUCGACAUUCAGCGGCAAAUGUUCUUCGUGAAACCUGGAUGUUUUACAAACAUACGCGCCUUGUAAAACGGGUCAAUCACUCCAGAGUAAGAAGACAUCAAAGAAAAUUUCUUACAGCUAUCAGCCGGCUGCGAAAAGCUAAGGAUGAUCAAAGAAAACUCAAGGAAGAUGCGAGCUCUAUGGUUGACAUAGCAAAGGUGAAUUUUAUUAUUCGCCCAUUCACUAUGGUCUGUGUGUGUAUCGUUCUAACAUAA